AUGGCUCCGCAAAGGCCAGACCUGGACACGCAAAAACCAUCAAUAUUCCUGGCAGGCAUCACAACAAACACAGGAGAGCCCGACUGGCGCGAAACACUUACAGACGCUCUACAAGAUCGGCCAGUGACUAUUCUAAACCCAAACAGACCUGAUUGGGACAGUACGUGGAAGGAGAAUUUCUCAGACAACCGGUGGGAGGAGCAGGUUAGGUGGGAGCUUGAUAUGCAAGAGGCGGCGGACAUUCUUGUAUUCAUGUUUCACAGGGCAACGGAGGCGCCCAUCAGCCUCAUGGAGCUCGGGUUGGCGGUCAAAACUAAGAAGGUCAUUGUUUGUGCUCAUGAUGACUACAAAAAGAGAGGAAAUGUCGAGGCUGUUUGUUCGAGAUUUGGUGCCAAGUUGACAAGUACGGAGGUGGAGCUCCGACAGGCCUUACUCACGAUGUUGGAUAGUCAGUUAGAUUGA